AUGCUGUACAAUGAAAAAAAAGAAUUAUUGAAGCAUCAGCAGCAACUGCGGAAGAUGGUUAAGGAAGCAGCAGAUCACAAGAAAGUCAUACAAUUAGAUGUUCAUCAGGAAAAAUCCUACAUGACAAAGCUGCAGCUAGAAAAUGAUCAACUUCUUGCAGAGAAGAUUUCCUACUUGGACAUUAUUAAUGAAAAGGAAGCUGUUAUUGUCUCGUUGAGAGAUCAAAAAUUAGCGCAAGAACUGCAGAGUGAAGAGGAUAAAGAAGAAAAGAAAAAAGGUGAAGCAGAAAAGAUAAAAUCAAGAAAACCAGAUUCCUCAUUCCCUAAAGCAGAGACGAGAGCACAAAAGAGAAAGGCACAAAAAAAAACCAGCCAAAUCAAAGAAGAGGGCCAAAGCACUGCUUUUUGGCAAGAGACAAGCAUUUUGUUCAAAGAUGACAUACAAAGCUUAUUAAGAGAUACUGAAAUUUAUGGACAAAUCAUAGAUGCGUAUGCCGAGAUACUUCAUCAUGAUGAAAGAAGGACCCUAAAAGACAACAGAAUGCAUACAUCACGUGCUACGCAUACGUAA